CGCGACAAUAAUCGACGCCUCCGCAGACUCAGCCCCGGGCACGGUCGAGAUAUAACCACGCAGACACCAUGGCCCUAGUCUCCUCUGCUCCGGGCGCGAUGGUAGACUUCCCGUCCUCCGGUCAGGACCUCCCUCCCAGUCCAUCAUCCCUCGAUCCCAACUACCAGCGUCCGACGUACCUGCCGUUCCGUCGCAUAUCGCUCCCGUCGGCGCCGAACCUGCAGCACCGACACUCUAUCGUUAGUACCGCGUCCUUCGACUCACUGCCCGAGGAGCCACAUGGCGGAGCCCCCGUUACUCCUAUGGUUAUCCGGAACGCGAUACGAGGUCCAAAGCACCGGCCGUCGUCCAUGGACGGUGCAAGGAAAGCCCUACGGAGAAGGGAGUCGCGCAUGGUGGACGAGCAGAAGGAGGCUAAACGGAGGAAGGUCAUCGCUGAGUUCUACGAGACGGAGAAGUCGUACCUGGACGGGCUGGAGCUCAUUCACUCUCAUUUCCUCACACCCAUCAUCAAGUCCCUCGAUACCCCACAACCUCUGCUCGAUCGCGCAGAGCUCACGUCAAUAUUCUCUAACUUCAUCGACAUCUGGAACCUGCAUCGCUCAUUUUACGUAUCUCUCACCGCUUUCCUCAACUCUUGCGCAUCCACCCGCACACAUGAACUACCGCCGCCCCUUUCGCCCGUGCUCCUCGCGCAUUUCCCCUACCUCUCCUUAUACACGCCUUUCGUGAGCUCGUUUUCGGACGCCCUUGCCUCGUACGCCUCGCUUCUGAAGAGCAAUCCCGCCUUUGCGGUGUUCAUUGCCCAACAAGAGGCGGACUACCGCUGCGGGAAACUCAAGUUCCGGGAUUGGCUCCUAACCAUCGUCCAGCGAUGUCCGCGAUACCUCCUGCUGCUGAAGGACAUGAUUAGUUGCACCGACCCCGAUGAUCCUGAAUACACUUCCCUGACCGCGGUCCACACUCUGGUGUCUAAGAUCACCAUGUCUUUGAACACCUCGCUACAUACACAUGCGCAAACGCUUUCGUUACUCGCUCUGCAACGCAACACCGUCAACCUCCCAUUCCAACUCAUCACCCCCGGCCGGACGUUCCUCAAGCGCGCCUCCCUGCUUCAGAUGGAGGGCUCUGCGCCCAAGGAGCGCGAGUUUCUGCUGUUCUCGGACUGCCUCAUCUGGCUCGCCAGCGCGGACGGCGACAUAUUCUCCGACAAGUGGAACGCCAUCGCACGCUCUGGCGGCGGCGGCAAUGGCGGCGGCGUCGCGGACAUGCUCUACCGGACGAGGAGCGAGACGGCGGAGGGUGACGGGCUUCGGAAGAGGCAGUCGUUCCUGCAGCUCCGGUCGAACGCGAGCCCGAAGCGGAGAACCCGGCAGGCAAGCAGCGGCGUCGAUGACAGGUGGGUGUACAAGGGCCAUGUGGAGCUCGUUGACCUGGAGGUGGUCGUGAGUGUACCGGCAGCGAGCACUCCGGAGCGGGGGUUCGAGCUCCACAGCCCGCACCAGUCGUUUGUGAUAUAUGCAGCCACGGAGGAGGAGCGCGAUGAAUGGAUCACCGCCAUCCGGACGGCGAAGUCGUCUCUUCUGGUCUCGUUUAGUGUUAUGCAGCUCAACUCGACCUUGACAUCGUCGGCGUCAAAUAACCACCUCCGACGUACGCUGCAGGCGUUGCCGUACGAUCCGGAGGACUCAUCGAAGCCGAGGAGAGGCAAGGUGGAACAUUUUGUGCCCGCAAUAUGGGUUCCCGAUGGCAAGACGGAGAGCUGCAUGCGCUGCGGGCGGACUUUCGGAUGGCGGAGACGAAGACACCACUGUCGAUUGUGCGGGCGUUGUGUGUGCGGCGGGUGCUCCAACAAGACGUUCUUCAUCGUGGAUCCCAAUGCCAAGGAGUCUUCCAAGUCCGCCCGCGCGUGCGAAGCGUGCUACGAUACUGUCUUCCCCUUACUCGAGCAACCUUCCGAGCGUCAGGUGUCCGUCACCGCAGGGACUACGCACUCGCACUUCACGUUAUCCGGCCUAAAGUCCAUGCCCUCCCUCCUCCUAAACGACAUGAGCAGCACGCCUUCCGCACUCAUGGCGAUCGACGUUGAAAGCCCACGGCGAGCACUCACGCGGAUAGAGGACGCCAGCGAGUCCGCCACCCCAGAGGAGCCAAGCGGGCCUUCCGUCGCCGCCGUGCGUCUCAAGCCCACCCCGCGUCCAAAGAGCUACGUACAGAUCCUCGAGGACUUCCAUGAAGAGGGCCACGGCGCUGGUGCGCGCGGCGAGUACGCGUCACCUUCUCCUUCUGCGAGUCCGCGCGCGUCGCGCUUCAGCGAGCGCACGAUGGACGAGACGCACGGCGUGCUCGACGAGCGCGACGAGGACGUAUUCAACGACCACGGCCCCGGGCAGGACGUCGAGGUGUCCCCUGCGGACGAUGGCGAGCGCAGCGCACCGACGACACCGCGCCGGGAGAACACGGCGCGGCGGCACAAGCGGUUCUCGCUCCCCGCGGUCGCGCUGCAGACGAGCCCGGUCACGGCGCGGGCGAGCGGUGCAGCUGACGCGCGCGGUCAGCGGUUCUCGCUCGUCCUCGGUAAGGGCGGCGGGGUUGCGCGCGCGAGUGAGGACUCCCCGAGCAGGCUGUUCCCUGGUCUGCGGCAUAGCAUGGCGGCGGGGCGCCUGAGCGAGCUCUUGGGCCGGGGAAAGGAUACGUGAGGGCUUACGGUAUGCCCCUCUCAUCAUGCGAUUACGCAGUGCUUCUGGCUAGACGAUAUUGAUAAUGGCGAUCUACGGACUGCGACGCGGUUCGGCGUGGUGAUGCAUUUUAUAUUGGACCGCAGCUCAUGAUGAUGACCUUGAUGAAUGUACAUUUGGGAUACC